CAAUCAAUCCACUGGAAAAGCCUCAAAACGCUGUGUGGUGGUGACAACGGAAUUCCACGAUGCAGCGCGGACGCAGCCACGAGCGCCGGGACCGGUCGCGGGACCGCGGGCGCAACUACGACAAGCCCCGUGACCGCUCCAGAGACCGGCGAGACCGCUCCGGCGAGCGCAGGGACAGAGACCGCUCCGGCGACCGGUCGCGUGCCAACGACCGCUCGCGCGACGACCGACCCCGUGACAACGACCGCCCACGCGAUGGGGACCGCCCGCGCGAUAGCCGCUCGGGCGAUCGUCCUCGGGACCAUGAUCGGCCUCGUGAUGACCGCGCGGGUGACCGGCCGCGUGAGAACGACCGGCCACGCGAGAGCGAGCGACCGCGCGACAUGGGCAACCACAGCAAAUAUGGCUCGUCGCGCGACGACAACGGGUACGAAGAAGACGACUACCAACCACCGCAGGAGUCGACGGGACCGUGGGACUCCAAGGCCGAAGCUGAGAAGGACCCGAACUGGGCUCGCAUCUACGUCACGAACUUGCCGGCGGGCACGACCGUCGAUGAACUGCAAGGGAUCUUUGGCGGUCUCGGCGUCAUUGCCAAGGAGAAGCAGAAGCGCGGCUACAAGGACCAAUGGCCCUGGAAGAUCAAGAUCUACACAAACGACGAUGGGACGCAAAAGGGCGAUGCUGUCAUCACGUACGAAGACAGCAACGCGGCGCGCUCGGCGCCCGGCUUCUUCAACGGCAGCGACAUUCGUGGUAACACGAUCACGGUCGAGCUUGCUGGUAAGCCAGAGCCGCCUGUCGGUGGCUGGAUGGGCGGCCCCGGCGGUGGUCGUGGCGGCGGUCGUGGUGGUGGCGGCGGUGGUCGAUACGGCGGCGGCGGUGGUGGUGGCAGUCGCUACCGACCGUACUAGUCGCGCCCCGACAACUUCACUACCACAGAUGAUACGAAUAACGCCAAUACCCAUGUCUCCUAUCGUGCCCG